UACAAUUUUUACUGGAAAGACAGGAUAAAUGUGUGAUUCUUUACCUUUAUACAUUUUCAGAAAGUAACAAGUUGAAAUCUAGCAGCUUCCGAUGAUGAAACUCCAAGGUUUUUUGCUUUUUGUUUUUUCUUUUUUAAAAUAUGAAGAACUCAUGGACUUUUUAAUAUAGCUGAUAUUUUAAUGAAUCUGUUAUUCCUUUUGAUGCUCUUCAAACUUGCACCUAUGUCCUUUUGACAUACAUAUGCCAUUUGCUUUUGAUGGAUCCCUUGAUUUCUGUCACAAGAAGAUGCCCCAGUCCAUAUGGUAUAUUUUCUGUCCCAGACCUGAAUCAGCCAUUUCUCCAGGGAGCUCUGGUUCCUUUUAGUGAGAAAUGGUAUUUACAGAUCACAUUCUGGGUACUAGGAGUUCUUUGCUCUUGGGUUAACAUUGUUUUUUCAAGUCUUUUCAGUGGAUAUAGCAAGGAAAUGUGUAUAUUUUUGGAAAGAUGAGUUCAUACCGAUAUUUUCAAUUAAAAACACUAGAUUAUAAGAUUUUCACUUCUUUGAUUUUAUACUAGAACCUCUUUUCUCUUAUGCUUAAACGUUUGUUGCUAACAUUAACAAAUCAUUUAGUUAAUUUACUCAGCAGUAUACUUACUAUAUUGUAAUGCAAGUAAAAUUGGAUCUGCAAAUUUUAAUACAAUUUUAUGUUCCUAUUAGAUUAAUAUGGUGCUGAAGUUAACACAUUUACCUGCUCUGCCAAGUUAUGCUCUUGAUCUUAGUGACUUUCCACUUGAUUAUACAUCUCAGAGAUUUUAUAUGCUACAAGGAAUUGUGAUUGCAAUGACGACUGUAACUAAGCAUACACAAGGUGCAAGGUUCCUUUGUACAGAUGAAGCAUGCCCCCUUUCAAAAGGAUUUCAGUAUAUAAGAGUGCAUGUGCCUGGUGCUACAGAAUCUGCAACAGUAAGAAAUGACUUUUUGUGUAAUCUCUGUGCAUCUUCACUUCAAGAAGACAGAAAAUUUAGAGUAGUUGGUGAUAAACAGAUAGUUGAAAUAAUUACCACAAAGGCACUUCAGGCUUAUCGAGGAUAUUCUAACAACCAGCCAUUUAGAUUCCAGUCUCUUACAAUUUUCCUAAGAGGUAAGUAAAUUCUGUUUGAAGUCAAAAUAA